AGAGAGUUUCUUUUCCCUCGUUUACUUCUUUAGGGUUUAGACGAGUUGCAGAAGAGAGGCGGAUUGGUUGGUUGAGCAAAAUUAGCUGUUUAGGGUUUUUAGUUGAAGAAGAAGAAGAAAAAUGGGAAAGUGUCCACACAGAAAAGUAAAGAAGAGGAGGCUUUCUCAUAAAACAGCUCGCCGUACUAAGUUUGAAACCAAAGGUGAUGAUACUGUCUAUUCUGAGCUCCGGAAGCCAGAGGCUGAGAAACCUGUCUUACCUCUUGAUGAUGAUCUUCCCGGAAUGGGUCAAUUUUAUUGUUUACACUGCGAUGUGAAGUUUAUGAAGGGACCUGCACCACAUACUCAACUCGAUGCAGACAUAGCUGCUGGGAUGGGGAUGCCCGACAACGGCCCAAAGCUAAUGGUAGCUUGAUUCCAACAACACUGCCAGUGUUCUGCCCUGUGUAUGCUGACUCCACUCUUUAAGUGAACCGUACUGUUAGUGAAGUACAGUAUAUUGUUUUUUCAUGUUAUUUGUAGUUUGCUUACUUGGUUACUCCCAAUCUUGGGUCCACUAGCAUGUAGAAAAAGACUACCUAAAGAUAGAAUGCAAUGGUUCAAUUUUUAAAUGUUUGAAGGUGGUGCAGCUAUAUAUAACUGGCUUCUUGCAAGCCAAGUUAGAAAAUAUCAUUGAUGUAUCCUGUGCUCAAUUUUAAGCCAGAUUCCGCAUUCCAGAAAGCGAAAAAUAUCUAUUUUUUUC